UGUGAUCCUUACACGUAGUCUCUGAUCUUCUGGACUAUUACGAUACGUGUGCACUUGGAGGAGUUUGAAGGUCAGUCAGGGAACUUACGUGUUAGGGCGAACAGAAGACAAAUCAAUCUUCAUUGCAACUUUAAUGUUCUUAAAAAAUCGUUAGAACUUACAAGUUGAGCUAGGAGGCAUAGAGAGGCCGUUAAUGGAGCAGCAGGGAGUCGAGAAGAUGAAGCAGAAGGUGAUGUUGGCAAUUGAUGAGAGCGAGCUCAGCCACUACGCCCUCGAAUGGACCCUCGAAAACCUUGGCAACACCAUUCACAAUUCUGAGCUACUCGUCUUCACUGCACAACCCAUCACCAUUGAUUUUGCUCCUGAGUUGGUAGCAGCUCUACAAGAAAACUACAAGAAGGUUGCAUCGGGUUUGCUGGACAAAGCUAAAAACAUCUGCUCCAAUUAUGGGAUUGUUGCAAGAACAGUAACAGAGAUUGGUGAUCCUAAAAAGGCAAUAUGUGAAGCAGUAGAAAAAUUCAACAUCGAGUUACUAGUAUUAGGCAGUCAUGGUCGAGGCAUUGUGCAAAGGGCUUUCCUGGGAAGCGUCAGCAAUUACUGCAUUCACAAUGCCAGAUGUACUGUUCUUGUUGUGAGGAAACCAAUGUGAAUUUCUAUGAUAAUCCAGACUGCUAUGUUAGAUUAGUCCUUACUUGCUGCACACUCUGAACUAGUUUCAUGUUUCCUAGUCUUAAUACUCUGAUGGAUGUACUAUAUGUUUGUUGGAACAACUGUAGCAUAUUUUGGGAAAAAGGGUUACAUAUGUUCUUGUUAUGCUUCUUGGUGAUAACUGAUCGAAACCUAUAUCAUGCUAGAAACAGGAACUUCAAGAUUGAAUAGAGCUUUUCAAUGUAGUGACAAGCUUGCACCAUUAUAUUCAUAGCUGAUAUAUAG